UAUUGCUUUCUACUUACAAGGAGACACCCAAAGAACACUGUUUAUCUUUAUGCUCAGAUGCUUUGUCAUUUGAGUAAAGAUCACAUUCAAUUCUAUAUUUUUUUUUGUUCUUUUGGGUUUACAUUCAUUCAAUUCAAUCUUGGAACAUGUCUGUUCACUCAAAAUCAGUCCCAUAUUGUUUUUCUUGAAUGGAGAAAAUGGGGUCUUCUUUUUCUCUCAAAAGAAAUCCAGGACCACCUAGCGAGAUUCAUUACUGGUAGAAGUGGCGAUAUCGGGUUUUGCUUGGUUCACUUAUCGAUGUACGGUUGAAAUCUCAAAUUGGAAAGAAAGAAGAAAAUGGUAGAUUACUGUCAAACAUGUGCUGAGACCAGUGCCCAUAUUGUGGUAUUCAGGCUUUCAAUUGAACACUGAGAUCCAAGUCUGGUUUGAACUAUAUUUUCUGUAACUCCAUGGAAAUGGAUGCAAAUCUUGGGUUCUCAAUCUGGGGCAGCCCCUUCUAAAUUAGUAAUGGCUAUUUGCAAAGGUAACAAUUUCACUUUAAGUUUUACGUUUUCUGUUAAAUUUGAGCCUGAGAAUAUCACAGAUAUACCAAAAGAAGUUGCAAUCUGAUCAUGUCAUCAUUAGCAACUGUGCUGGGGAUAAUCCAGGCUGGAGUCUGGCUAUGGAAUCCCUUCAUUGAAAAGCUGGAUAGUUAAAAAAUUGAAAGAAUACCUCCAAGAUUUGAAACAUGAAAAAGAGCCCAAAAAAUAAAAUUUAGCGGAAUGUAAUGUAAUCGAGGCAAGGUAUCAAUUGGUAAGGGAACUAAGCAAGGAUCAGUCUUUUUGGUCUGUCACUGCUUGUUGAUUCACUAACUUCCACACGUAUUCUCCCCGUUAACUUUAUCUUCCCCUGCUCAUUUAUAAACAAUGCACAUCAAUCUUCCAUGGCUGUCUCCAAGUGCCCCCUGGCAUAUUGGUGUAGGAGAUGGCUCACAAUGUUAGUCUACUUUUCUGCAUCUUCGUUUUCCUUGCAUCAGGUGCAAAAAUGAAUGCAAAUGCCAAAAAUUUUACUCUUGUGAACCAGUGCAAAGAGACAAUAUGGCCUGCAAUAAUCACAGAUGGAUCAGGCAACUUCCAUGGUGAAGACUUCAAAUUGGAACCAGGCCAAACCGCCAUCUACAAUGCCUCGGACGGGUGGAGUGGCCGCAUAUGGGGUCGAACAGGUUGCAAUUUUGAUACUAAAACUGGCGAUGGGACAUGCCAAACAGGCAGCUGUGGCACCUCCAUUAAUUGCACGAGUGCCGGUAGCCUGCCUGUUUCCAUAGCCGAAUUCACUCUCGGUGAUACUGAUUUUUAUGAUGUUAGCCUCGUGGAUGGGUUCAAUUUGCCAAUUGUGAUCAAGCCUGGUGGCGGUAAAGGCAAUUGCAGCACUGCUGGCUGUGAUGGGGACUUGAGGCAGAAUUGCUCAUCAGAUCUUGCUGUGAAAGAUAAUGGCAAGGUUGUUGGUUGCAGGAGUGCAUGUGAUGCCUUCAACAUGGAUGAGUAUUGUUGUCGUGGGACAUAUGGCGACCCUGUAUCAUGUUUGCCUACAAACUAUUCCAAGAGUUUCAAACAAGUAUGCCCUGCAGCAUCUAGCUAUGCCUACGAUAACCGUGUCAGCAUCAUAACUUGCUCUGCAUCAGAUUACUUGGUGGCUUUCUGUGCAUUAAGGAACACUACAAUUUGCUCCUAUCAGAAUCAGAAGUUUGUUUGCAGUAAUACAUCAGAGGGCUUCAGGGCAUUCUCUCAAAGCUGGAGGAUUUUGAUGCUGGCAUGCCCAUUGGUUUCCAUUUUACAAAUUUUGCUUUAGCAAAAUCCUGCACAGCUGUUCAUCAUUUUGAAAUCUUAAAAAGAGUUGUUAUGCUUUGUUUUUUUCUCUUCCUUUUCGUCUGGAUUCUUUUGGAAAGCUGGAAACCUGGAACAGAAAAAUUGGAUUUUACCUGUAUGAUUACAAAAAAAUGUAUCCCCCAGGGUAGUCCAUGCUGAUAUUUUCAUUAAA